UCUUGUAGUCUUGUCCUAGUGUGUGCGUGCCUUGUGAUGAAUAAUACAUUACCGCUGCAGAUCCAAGAAGGAUAGGAAGGCAAGGCAAGCAGAUACUGAACUCAACACAUCAACACCGAGAACGGCUGAGCAGAGAUGCUUCCUUCGACGGCUCAGCUUGCUGCGGCGGCGGCCUUGACGCAGCCGCAGCUGAGGCAGAUGAGGGCGCAGUGCAUCGUCUUCCUUGCCUUCAAGAACCAGAUGGAGCCCAGGAAGCGGCACCUCGACAUCGCGCUCGGUGAGGAUGACAUCGACGGGGCCGGCUGCCACGGCGAGACGACGACGAGCUCGCCUUCUCAAGCCUCGUCGUCCUCUGCUGCACCGUUGCCGCUGCUCCACCUCCUGCCCAUCUCCUCGCUGCGGCUGUCUCCGCCGGUGACGGAGCAGGAGCAGGAGAAUCGCCACCGCAACGACGACCCUGAAGCAAAGCACGAGUAGUUGAUUGAUGGUUGUAUUCUCUUCUCGCCCCUGCUGAGCCAUCGACCAAAAAUGAAUGAGUUUCCGUUCGGAUACAAAGUGUUGUUCUCAUACAUACAUACAUAUAACAACUUCGAUUAGCUUUCUCAUACAUA